GGUUGGCCGCAGUUUUAUUUAUGUUUCGAAUGAAUUCGCACGGUUUUCUUAUGAGAUCAACCUACGCGCCGCACAAAAGCAAUAAAUAAACGGUGAACGAGUGAUGGACUUACAAAAUGCUAAUUUUAAAAGUCUCAAUUACAAGAAGUUUGAUAAGACGCGGUGGGUACGUGAUUGCGUGCGCCAUUAAAAAUUCGCGGUCAAUUUGCUUGAAGGUGAAAAGAAGUGAAAUCAAAGAUGAGUGAUUAAUGAAGUAUUCGGGGAAAAAAGGAUAUUCAUCACAAUAUCCAACAAUCGUACAUUCGCUCAUAUUGAAUUGUAUAAUGCGAACAAAGCUAAAAGACGUCACAGAAUAGCAAUUGGUUUAUAUGUACAUACAUUCAGACAUAUAUGCCAACUCAUAACUAAGUGAAGGCUCAAAAGUGAGCAUUAGCUAGAACUCAACUUUUGUUACAAGUGACGGUUGCGAAGGACAACGAGAAAUCAACGAGUGCAGUCGGUUCACUUGACGACUUUCGAAGGGGUUGAAUACGACUCCGCGCUGUAAAGGACUAACUUUCUGUUAUAUAUAAAUGCAUGAGUGUGUUUGUAUGUCAGUUAUAGCAUUCUGUGUUUGUUGUGUAAUCUAACUGCUUUAACAGUUUUACAACAGUUCUACAAGUGGCAAGCACGCGAAUAACACUUGAACAGUGAAGUGGUCAACAAAGGGAAACACUUGUUGCUAUUGUUUUUUUUAAGAAUGAAUCCAACAACAAUUAUAUUUGUGGCGCCAUUUGCAUAUAAACCGAGUUCAAACCGAAAACCUGAAACAUUUUAGCGCUGACCGUCGCGCACUUAACAGGAUCCGGUCUGAUACGUAACGGAAACGGAAGUGAUUAUUACCAAGUGAUUCGAGCACCAUUUGCACAAGCAGAUCGUUAGUAAAACGCAAUAAUUUGCGAGUGCCCUUGACCACCGACAGUAGCCAACCGCUGAGAUAGUACUUUAAAACUGAAUACUUGCCAUCGUAAUACCGUAUAAUAAAAUGGCCCAACAACGUACAACUGCUGCAGUGGCAGCCGUCAACUGUCAUCAGAUAUAUUUCACUUUGGUGCUGUCAAUUGUGUGGCUGGCGAGUGACGCUUGCGCAUCGCCGGUGGUGAGUGCGUUGGCGGGCAUGCCGCAAUUUGGAACGCGUCAACAAGCUGAUAAGCAACUGACACUAUUGAACGAAUUGUUUAAUGAGGACACACUCUACAAUGAAUUGAAAAAAUAUCGUCAGCUGCAACCAAAUUACCUGAAUAAGUGGCCUGGUUUACGCGAUCUUAUAUUGAUGCCUGACUAUGGCGAUAUCGCUGUCAAUGCCGAGGAUGGGGACGAUAACUACGAAUUUCCGAGCGCCGAGGAGCGUCUACGGCAGAUAUCAACAAAUGCGAUAGAUGUCGCAAAUGAUGUUUCUCAUGAUUAUGCAGCACUUAAGAAGACACCAGCUUACAAGAAUCAAGGCGUUAAGAAGAAUUUACAAGUACAUAAACAAUAUAUGUCGCCUUGCCACUUCAAGAUCUGCAAUAUGGGACGCAAACGGAAUGCACGCUACUUCGAGGACUAAAUUCAAUUAGUCGCUAAUAUCAUAUUUGUCAAAUAAAGAAAGAAAUUCUGAUCGGCCAAAGCUACUUAAUAGUUCAACUACUUACGUACACACAUACUUGCACAUACUUAUAGCAUAGUUAUAGAAUGUUUCGGAGUUGUUGUGAAUUUGUAAUGGACCCUUCGCUGGGUUGGGGGCGACGUUCGAAAAGUAUUUACACGUAAUUUAAACGCAUUCAUUCACAUCUACAUACUGUUUACAUAAAAUUAAGAAAAAAACAAAAGCAACAUGAAAAAGCUUACUAAAAAGUAUUUAUUGUCUUUUAACCUAUACACAUGCACACAUUUACAUAUAUAUGUACGUAGCGUUAGUUUAACUUAAUAUUUAAACAAAUUAUACACAAUAUGACAUACAUAUGUACA